AUGAACGGAAAGGUUCAAAAUGGCACGGAGAAUGAUGUGCUGACUGAGUGUUAUGAUCCGGUUGCGAUCCUGCUCAGUAGCGUAAAUCACGAUACUGAAAAUCUCACCGAAGUAUUACGACAAUGCGGUGUCCGGUACAGCCAACUCAGUGGCCUGGUGGAGGAGGAUUUGCGUGAAAUGGGUUUGACGAACAGUAAGGCGAUAAAAGAAAUACUCGCUGAACUAUCCUCGCUGUCGAACCAGCAACGGCUGUAUGACCGUGUGCUCCGGGACGAGUUUAUUCCGCAACGUUACGCAGAAACAGUCUUCAAAAACAGUUUGGAGCAUCUGGAAGCGAUCAGCUGUAUGAUACGGUUAAUUCAACUGAAGACACAAGCAUCCUUUCCGCACAAUGUGCUGUUGGAGGAUCGGUUUUAUACAACGGAUUUUUGCCAGCAGGCAAUCGAUAAAAUAAAUGUAAAGCUGGACGACAUUCGAUCGGCGCUGAACGAGCCAGCAGAGUGUGAAAGAACUUCCAAACGCAAGGUAAUGUUCCUACCGUUAAUACUUAUAUCCGGAGCUCUGGCGGUUGGGUUUGUUUACCGGAAAUCUUUACCUAUAUUUUAA